AUGGUCCGCCCGCGCCGCGCCCCGCACCGCUCCGGCGCCGGGGGCCCCCUCGGGGGUCGCGGCCGCCCCCCGCGGCCCCUCACGGUGCGCGCCGCCCGUUCGCGCUCCUGGCCCGCCGGCCCCCGGGGCCCGCAGCCGCCGCGGAUCCGGGCCCGCUCGGCCCCUCCCAUGCCAGGUGCCCGGGUGUUCGGGGCCCUGGGCCCCAUCGGGCCCUCGUCGCCGGGCCUGGCCCUCGGGGGCCUGGCGGUGGGCGAGCACCGGCUCAGCAACAAGCUGCUGGCCUGGAGCGGCGUCCUCGAGUGGCAGGAGAAGCGCAGACCCUUCUCUGACUCCACCGCGAAGCUGAAGCGGACCCUCCCCUGCCAGGCCUAUGUGAACCAGGGCGAGAACCUGGAGACCGACCAGUGGCCACAGAAGCUGAUCAUGCAGCUGAUCCCUCAGCAGCUGCUGACCACGCUGGGCCCCCUGUUCCGCAACUCGCAGCUGGCGCAGUUCCACUUCACCAACAGGGACUGCGACUCCCUCAAGGGGCUCUGCCGCGUCAUGGGCAACGGCUUCGCGGGCUGCAUGCUCUUCCCGCACAUCUCGCCCUGCGAGGUGCGGGUGCUCAUGCUCCUGUACUCGUCCAAGAAGAAGAUCUUCAUGGGGCUCAUCCCCUACGACCAGAGCGGCUUCGUCAACGCCAUCCGCCAGGUCAUCACCACCCGCAAGCAGGCGGUGGGCCCCGGGGGCAUGGCGGGGCCGGUCCAGAUCGUCAACAACAAGUUCCUGGCGUGGAGUGGCGUCAUGGAGUGGCAGGAGCCCAGGCCUGAUCCCAACAAUCGGAACAAGAGGUGGCUGCCGUCGCACGUCUACGUGAACCAAGGCGAGAUCCUGCGGACGGAGCAGUGGCCGAGGAAGCUGUACAUGCAGCUCAUCCCGCAGCAGCUGCUCACCACGCUGGUGCCGCUGUUCCGGAACUCGCGCCUGGUGCAGUUCCACUUCACCAAGGACCUGGAGACGCUGAAGAGCCUGUGCCGCAUCAUGGACAACGGCUUUGCGGGCUGCGUGCACUUCCCCUACAAGGCGCCGUGCGAGGUGCGCGUGCUCAUGCUGCUGUACUCCUCCGAGAAGAAGAUCUUCAUCGGCCUCAUCCCGCACGACCAGGGCACCUUCGUCAACGGCAUCCGGCGUGUCAUCGCCAACCAGCAGCAGGUCCUGCAGCGCAACCUGGAGCAGGAGCAGCAGCAGCGCGGGAUGGGGGGCUAG